AUGGCAAGGUGGUGCAUUGUGCUGGUUCUUGCUCUAGUUGUAGCUCACACUACAGCUAGAAACGUGCCUACAGCGAAUGACGCUGGUUUCAAAGACCAAAAGAACUUCCUCGGUGGCGUUGGUGGCUUCUCUGGUAUUGGCAGCAAUGGGCUUCCAUUUGCUGGAGCAGGGGCUGGUGGUGGUGGUGAUCUUGGAGGUGGACUUGGUGGCGGCGCUGGGAUAGGCGGAGUUGCCGGGCUUGGUGGUGGUAGUGGUGGAAUCGGUGACUUGGGUGGUGCAGGCGGCUUGGGUGGUCUUGGUGGUUUAGGAGGCGGCACCGGAGGCUUGGGUGGUCUAGGCGGCUUAGGAGGCUUGGGUGGUCUUGGCGGCUUAGGAGGCGGCACCGGAGGCUUGGGAGGUCUUGGUGGAGUAGGAGGUGCUGGUGGCGUUUUAGGAGGUGCUGGUGGUGGCGUUGGUGGUGGUGUUGGUGGCGGAGUUGGUGGCGGUGUUGGUGGUGGAAGUGGUGUUCUUCCCUACCCUUGA